AUGGAGGUGGAAACGUUUUUGGACAACUACCAAUCUCUCAACCCCAAGAGAUACUCUUACGCAGACCUGAAGAGGAUGACCAACAAUUUCCUAGAAAAGUUAGGAGAGGGAGGGUUUGGAAGGGUUUACAGAGGAAGGCUGCCCAAUCGGCUUCCUGUUGCCGUUAAAACAAUCGAGACCUCCAAAAGUAACGGAGAUGAGUUCCUCAAUGAAGUGGCCACCAUUGGGAGGGUUCACCAUGUUCAUGUGGUCAGACUUCUUGGUUUUUGCUCAGAACGAUUUAAGCGAGCUCUCGUCUAUGAAUUCAUGCCCAAUGGCUCAUUGGAAAAAAUUAUUUUCUCCUCGAAAUCAAAGCCCUGCGACUUGCGAUGGGGCAAAUUGCAUGAAAUUGCUGUGGGCGUAGCUCGAGGCAUCGAGUACUUGCACCAAGGCUGCAAUCAACGCAUCCUUCAUUUCGACAUCAAGCCCCACAAUAUUCUUCUGGACCACAAAUUCACGCCAAAGAUCUCUGAUUUUGGUUUGGCAAAGUUCUGCUCAAAGGAUCAAAGUAUUGUGUCCAUGGCGGCUGCUAGAGGCACGGUGGGUUACAUUGCACCGGAAGUAGUGUCUCGAAACUUUGGGAAUGUAUCAUACAAGUCAGAUGUUUAUAGCUUCGGAAUGCUGCUGCUAGAGAUGGUUGGAAAGCGAAAGAAUGUGGAUGUGAAUGUGGAGCACACGAGCCAAGUUUACUUCCCGGAAUGGAUUUAUAACCGUGUGAAUAUGCAACAAGAGCUUGGGGCUGCCGCGGAGGAAGAAGAUGAAAUAGCUAAGAAGUUGGUAAUUGUGGCACUGUGGUGUAUACAAGUGAACCCUGUGGAUCGCCCCAAUAUGAAAAAGGUUGUGCAGAUGUUGGAAGGGACAACCGAGAUGCUGGAAACUCCUCCAAACCCAUUUGUCUCAAGCACCAGAUAACGUAACCUCUUGUUGGAAAUGUCUCCUUGGAUGAUUAUUACGAGAGGUCGAAGUUAAUUCACAACUAAUUGUACUCCUACUUGUAAUCAAUAU